AACGUGCGCCAAUUCGGAAGGAGCACCCAUCUUUCCCCUUUCUCCUUCUCCUCCUCCUACUCCCAGCCGCUCACUCGAACCCCCCCCCCCACCUUCCUUGCCGCCGCUGCCCCGAGGGCGCGGGAGAUAACCUCGCCGGAGCACCGCCACCGCCGCUGUCGAUCUUCUUCCCCGAGGCAAAGCCAGGAGUCUAGACAAACUCAGCUUCAUGAGUUCAAGUUCAGGAAAAGCACUGGCAUCCAGCAUCUCCUAUUCAGCAGGAAAGAGCAGCAUUUUCUUGCUCUGCCUCUUUGCAGGAUACUUGGGAAUUCCUGGCCGAAAAUUCCACUUGCUCAAGACCGUUUGCAGCACUGCAUCUCCUUCCAUCAUUGGAAGUUGUGGAGGGAACCUUCUUUAGACUACUUUAGCACAAGUCUUCAGUUUCUAUUAGUGUGGAAGCUUGGCCUGCAAAACCAGCAACCUUAGCUACGUAGUAGGCCUUUGGAUGAUGGUUUCUUCUCAGACAUCCUCUCUGACAAGAACUAUCGCACAGGACCCCGAGCUCUUCACAGCAAAAAUAAUUCUCCCAAUGGGUCCCCCGGAUGUUAUCUCUGAAAAUGAUGAGUUUGAUUUCUCUGAUGUUUUUGGCACCACUCCAGUUCAGACGCCAACAGGCAUUUCGGUAGCUGGUCCAGACAGUCCUGCACCUUUGGCUGAGUCCAAUGAGGGGGUUUACAAUGAUCCUAUUGUCAUCAUCAAGCGAUCUCAUUCUCUUGUUGGUCCAACAUCACUUGUUAGCCAGUCCCUGCGACUUAGCAAUCUCACUCUAAAUAAAACAGAGGGGUCAUCAGAACCUGCAGAAGAAAAGGAAAGGAACCUAGGGCAGCUCAGUGAUGAAGAGUUUGACAAUGCCACAACAGAAAAUGAAGGUAUUGGGCUUGAUGACUUUGAAAUCUUGAAGCUUGUAGGCCAAGGGGCAUUUGGGAAAGUCUUUCAGGUGAGAAAGAAAGGUACUUCAGAGAUAUACGCGAUGAAAGUUAUGAGGAAGGAUAAGAUCUUGGAAAAGAACCAUGCGGAGUACAUGAAAGCCGAAAGAGAUAUAUUAACAAAAGUUGACCAUCCUUUUGUAGUGCAGCUCAGGUACUCCUUUCAGACAAAAUAUCGACUUUAUCUUGUCCUGGACUUCAUAAAUGGGGGACAUCUCUUCUUCCAGCUCUACAAGCAAGGAUUGUUCAGGGAGGAACUUGCACGGAUCUAUACUGCUGAAAUUGUAUCUGCUGUAGCUCACCUUCACGACAACGGGAUUAUGCAUAGAGAUCUCAAGCCUGAAAAUAUCCUUUUGGAUGCUGAUGGCCAUGCCAUGCUCACUGACUUUGGCCUUGCCAAAGAAUUUAAUGAGAAUACAAGAUCAAACUCGAUGUGUGGAACAGUUGAGUAUAUGGCCCCAGAGAUUAUUCUUGGUCGGGGGCAUGAUAAGGCAGCUGACUGGUGGAGUGUUGGAAUCCUCCUCUUUGAAAUGCUCACGGGAAAGCCUCCGUUUGUUGGGAACAGGGAUAAAGUUCAGCAGAAGAUAGUGAAAGAGAAGCUGAAGCUUCCAUCGUUUUUGUCCAGUGAAGCUCAUUCCCUCUUGAAAGGACUGCUCCACAAAGAAGGUGGCAAGCGGCUAGGAAGCGGUCCGGGCGGCAGCGAUGAGAUAAAGAGGCACAAAUGGCUCAAACCGAUCAACUGGAGGAAGCUGGAGGCCCGGCAGAUCCAGCCGAGCUUCCGACCCAACGUGAGCGGGCUCACCUGCAUCGCCAACUUCGACGAGUGCUGGACCAGCAUGCCGGUGCUGGACUCGCCGGUGGCCACCCCUGUCGCCGGCGGCGCCGGCCACAGCAGCUUCGCCGGGUUCACCUACGUCAGGCCGGCUCCGUUCCUCCAGGAUGUCAAGCCUCCCUCUUCCUCUAGGCUGAAAGACUAGCUAGCAGCCAGUGCGAGUGAAGAAACGGAUGAACCAAGAGCAAGGGGAAAGAGGCGAAGGGUAGGAAGUUACUACUAAAAUAUCUGUAAAAGGACAACUGGUCCAUGUGAAUGCACUUCCGGAGCUAAUCUACCCAGGAGAUAUGAUCCAUUUGCUCA